CUACUCUCUUAACCUUUGAAAUGGCUGAUUCGAGUGCUGCUGAAACAACAACCGGUGCUUCUUCUCCCCCCGCGGCUUCUGAUGAGAACUCUACCAGAUUCAACCGAUCCGGAUGCCAACCAUCGAGGAGAUCCGAGCUCAAGAGGUUUGGAACAACUGCGCCGUUCGUGCUGUAACUAGUGGAGUCAUGGGAGGAGGACUCGGGUUGAUGAUGGGUUUGUUCCUGGGGGCAUUAGAUAAUCCUAUUACGCAUGAUACUAUGACGGCUAGGUAGCAGUUUGUGUUCACGGCAAAACAAAUGGGGCAAAGGAGUUGGAAUUCCUGUAAGACAUUUGCAGUUAUGGGUUUGGUUUUCUCUGCUGCAGAAUGCAUUGUCGAAAAGGCAAGAGCUAAGCAUGACACUGUAAACACCGCUAUAGCUGGAUGUGUUACCGGUGGUUCAAUGUCCGCCCGAGGUGGGCCAAAAGCUGCGUGUAUAGGUUGCGCUGGAUUUGCAAUUUUCUCUGUACUCAUAGAGAAGUUCUUUGAUAGGCAUACAUAAACCAGUGAGAUAUCUAACAGACGCCAUUGCUGAGAUUUUUUUGCUGCUUCUUUUCUGUGAUAGUGAUACAGUUCAUCACCUGAACCCAGGGAGAUAGAAGCUAGAAUUACACUUUUCAAUAUAGAAUAAGCAAGGCUUGUGUUGAUUGCAUAUACUUC